UACGUGGAGGCGGGUCCGGAGGGCGAGUCCCCGAGCUCCAUAGUCCUGACACCUAACACGGGUUUCACAACGUACUGCGAUUCGGAGGGCGUACAAGUGCUUAGCAGUGUGGCGGAAUUGGUGACUGCACACGAAUUGGGUCACUCCUGGGGUGCGCCCCAUGACCCUGACACUGCGGAGUGCACCCCUUCUGCCGAGAACGGUGGCCACUACCUCAUGUACACCUUUGCGGUACCUGGUUACUCUCCUAAUAACUAUAAUUGA